AUGACCAGCCAUACCAAUGGCGCCCCGUCGGCGCCGAACCCCGCCCCGGACCGUCGCGAUGCUGCCGUCACGAAGCCCGCCGACACCGAUGCCUUUCCAGAGCUCCCCGUCAUAACCGUCAAGGCUCCCACCGAUGCGCCCGACGCCGGGCUGAGGAGUCUCGAUCACUAUAAGAGAGCGCUGCCGAAAUGGCGAUACCAGAUGCGACAGUCGUUGCUGCCUCUCAUCCGCUGGGAGACGCCGUACUUGGCGUAUCUGCAGGAGAAGUUGCGCACCCCGUGGCUCGACAGUUACUUUGCGAUUACGGCGAACCUCGGCACCCAUACCUUCUUCAUGAUCGGCCUGCCCAUGCUGUUCUGGUGCGGCUACGCAUCCUUUGGCAAAGGUGUUAUUCACAUCCUCGCCGAAGGCGUCUUCUUCACCGGCUUCAUCAAGGACUUCUUCUCACUCCCCCGACCUCUGUCACCACCGCUACAUCGAAUUACAAUGUCUGGUUCCGCUGCAUUAGAGUACGGUUUUCCCUCUACGCAUAGCGCCAACGCUGUGUCUGUGGCUUUAUACGGCAUCCUGGUUUUGCGCAGCCCAGAUACGAUCAUGGAAGAGACAACCAAGACCAUCCUCGAGGGUCUAUGCUACUUCUACGCCGUCUCCAUCGUCUUCGGUCGUCUAUACUGCGGAAUGCAUGGGUUCCUCGACGUCAUUGUGGGAUCGAUCUUGGGCGCUGCUAUUACUGUUGUCGAGUUCUACUACGGCCCGGCUCUGGACGCCUACAUGCACAGCAGCUCCUGGUGGGCGCCUGCCAUUGCCGCACUGAUCGUCAUCGCUCUCGUUAGGAUACACCCCGAGCCUGCGGAUGACUGUCCCUGUUUCGACGACAGCGUAGCUUUUGCCGGUGUCGUCAUCGGUCUAGAGAUUGGAACCUGGAUGUACGGUCGCACAUCUCUGGACUCGUUUGGGGGUAAUGCCCACAGCGUCGAGUCCAUUGACCUCAGCGCCCUGGGAUGGCAUAUCGUGGCUGCCAGAGUCGUUUUUGGCGUCCUCGUCAUUUUCGUCUGGCGAGAGGUCAUGAAGCCAACACUGCUCAAGGGCCUGCCUCACAUUUUCCGUCUGCUGGAGAAGGUCGACAUGAACCUUCCUCGACGAUUCUUCACCCCCGCGUCCAAGUACAAGGUGGUCGAUCCUGGCUCAAGGAUGGAUACCCUCAUCCCCUCCGUCAGAGACAUACCUCGUGUGGUCCAGUCCAUCCGCCACCCUACAACCCGCGGCCGUUCGGUAUCGAUCGGACCCCAGAGUGCCGCAGACGCCUACGAGACCCUUGCCUAUCGCGAGCGCAGGCGGAGGGAGAGCAUCGGUAGCAACGGCAGCGUGAAGAGCAAGGGUAGCAUGUUCGAACUGCGGGACAAGAACGGCGAGAAGAACGGCGACUGGGAGGGCAAGGGCGCGGCCUCGGGCGUACAGGGCCACAACACGCUCAACGACUUUGAGCGAAUGAUGGGUACCGGGAGCGUGUUGGCGAGCCCGAGCGAGGAGAAGGGAGAAGUGGAAUUGACGGUCGGGCAGCAGGACGAGAUCAGUGAGAAGGAGAUGUUCUUGCGUCUCAUCCGCCCGCGAGUGCGGUACGAUGUUGAAGUGGUUACAAAAUUGGUGGUUUACACAGGUAUCGCAUGGUUAGGCGUCGGACUGAUCCCCAUCAUGUUCGAGCUGGUUGUCCCAUUCAUCAUGUCGACCGACGCUGUCAGCGCUCCAGUUUCGGAGCCUGCACCUGUGCCGGCGCAAUCAAAUGUCGAUGCCGACCACGACGAGCCGACUCUUGGCCAGAUUGAAUGUGCGACCAAGCCAGCCUUCCUCCACUCCCCGCCCGACAGCAACAAUGCGCCUAAGUCAGACGGGAGCGACUCGGAGCUCAGCGAUCUCGACGAAGAUGCUGUCGACCCGGCCCCGAAGAAAGAUGAGGCCCCAGAGCCCCCCGUCGAGGACGACAUUGGCGAGGUCGUUCCAGACCACUGGUCCGGCACAGUGCCUGUCUUCAAGCCAACCAUGCACCAGUUCAAGGACUUCAAAUUAUUCAUGAGCAAGGUCGAUAAAUACGGAAUGAAGUCUGGAAUCAUCAAGAUUAUUCCUCCCUCCGAAUGGAAGGAAUCGCAACCAAAACUUGACAACCUGGUGAAACAGAUCAGGGUUAGAGAACCGAUUAAGCAGGAGAUCAUGGGAUCCAACGGAACCUAUCGACAGGUCAACAUCCUCCAUGGAAGAUCAUACAACCUACCGCAAUGGCGACAACUCUGCGACCAGAGCGAACAUCAACCUCCCGCCAGGCGUGGCGAGCGCCGAGCCAACGUCGAAAAGCCGAAGCCCCGACCUGCCCCUCGACCCCGACCAGCUGCGAGAUCAACCCCAUCCGGUUCCAAGAAGCGCGGCCGAGGGCGCCCGGCCCGUGGCAAGGCCAAGAUCCAGGAAGAAGAAGAGACUCAAGAGGAAGGAAACCGACCCAUGACGCCGGUAUCCCCGAAGCCCGACGCCGAGGUCAACGUCAAGAAGGAGGAAGUCGUCGACUCGGUCGAAGACCCAGGAAUGGAUGUUGAUGACGACGAGCCACCUACGGUCGGCAGGAUGGGUCGCAUGGGUGGCGCGAGGCCCGCGAAGCCCAAGACACAGUCGGUCUCGGCCCGUCGGAAAUACAGCAAGAGAGAAGGGUCUGCCAUGAUCGACGAGGAGGCGUUCAAGGAUUUCGACUACCAGAUGGAUGUCUCGGACUACACACCGGAGCGGUGCGAAGAGCUCGAGAGGAUAUACUGGAAGACGCUCACUUACGCACCUCCGCUGUAUGGUGCAGAUCUCAUGGGCACCCUUUUCGACGAGUCAACGGAAAUCUGGAACCUGAACAAACUGCCCAAUCUUUUGGAUGUCCUCGGAACAAAGGUUCCUGGAGUCAACACUGCUUACCUCUAUCUCGGCAUGUGGAAGGCCACUUUCGCCUGGCAUUUGGAGGAUGUCGACCUGUACAGCAUCAACUACCUCCAUUUCGGUGCCCCGAAGCAGUGGUACAGCAUCUCGCAAGCCGACGCUCGUCGUUUCGAGGCUGCGAUGAAGAACCUCUGGCCUACCGAAGCCAAGGCUUGCGACCAGUUUCUCCGCCAUAAAGGAUUCCUCAUCUCCCCCUCGCAUCUGAAGCAGCACUACAAUAUCACCGUCAACAAGUGUGUUUCCUAUCCUGGAGAGUUCGUUGUAACAUACCCUUACGGAUACCAUUCGGGAUACAAUCUCGGCUACAACUGCGCCGAGGCUGUCAACUUUGCGCUCGAAUCGUGGCUUCCUAUGGGAAAGAUUGCCAAGCGCUGCGAGUGCGCACAGGCACAGGACAGUGUAUGGGUUGAUGUUUACGAUAUCGAACGGAAACUCCGUGGCGAGGAGACAGAAUAUGAAGAAACUGACGAAGACGACGACGAAGACGAGGAUGAGGACGAGGACGCCAGCGGCCUGCCCUCACCGCCCAACAGUAAUGCUGUUGGCAUCAAACCCAGUCGAAAGCGGAAGCGAGCAGGAGACAAAGACGGAAAGACAAAGGUCAAGAAGAUUCGUCUCAAGGUCAAGGCCCGCGCUGAGCCAAUCUGCUGCCUUUGCCCCAACGACAUCCCUGGCUCGGAAAUCCUACCCACGGACGACGGCCGUAAGGCACACCGCAUGUGUGCCCUCUACCUCCCCGAAACAUAUAUUGACACCGUUGACGAGAAGGAAAUCAUCGCCAACGUUGCAAACAUCAACAAAGAGCGUUUGGAUCUCAAGUGUCUAUACUGCCGAUCCAAGAAGGGCGCUUGCUUCCAAUGUUCGCAGAAGAAGUGUGCUCGCGCCUACCACGCCACAUGCGCCGCUGCGGCUGGUGUGUUCGUGGAGGAGGCAGAGGUGCCGGUGUUCGGCGAAGAUGGAACCGAAUACAAGGAACAGGCUUUCGAGUUCAGCUGCCGCUUCCACCGCACGAAGAGAGACAGAAAACACGACGGCGACUCCCUCGAGGAGGACGAGCGUAUUCGCAACGCUGCCGCGGCGCUCAAGAAGGGCGAGAUCUGCCAGUUGCAGUACUACAAGGGCGACAUUUUCGCAGGUGUCGUUGUGGAGAACCGGGCGGACGAGCAAACGCUGCUACUGGACAUUGUUCCGAAUGGGUACGAUUCUCUGAACGACGAAAAGAAACGAAAACUAACACUUCACAGCGAUCGUCUCGAGGUCGAGUGGAAAUGGCUCUUGCUACCUGAUCCCUCUGACUACCACCUCCCGAAGGCCUCGGCCAAGGCCAUCCCGAUGCCAUCGUCCCAGAAGGCCAAGGACCAGCUCAAUGCGAAGCGGCCGGCUGACGAGGUGCCCAGGAAGGAUGCUCCUUUCGUCGAGGGCUACACCUGGGCAGAGUUCCAUCCUUGCGAUAAGUGUGCUAACCCGAACCAGGCCAAGGUUGAUCUGUCGAAGGACAAUCAAGUAUGGCACUACUUGGGUAAGACCUCAACGGAGGCCAAGGCCCAGUACUCCGAGGACCCUGCCAAGCAGCAGCACAAUCCUAAGAGCAACUACCUUGACACCAUUCCCAAGCCUCCGAAGCCCGUCUCUGCGACUGCGGCUCAGCGCCGACCAUCUCACAUCCCGCCUCCACCAAUGCCAGUAUCCACUCCCGGUGUUGCUAUUCAAUCAGGCCUCAAGACUGAGAAGCCGUACGUCUACAAGCCCAGGAAGCCAGUGGGAACUUCCCAAGGAACUCCGGGCGCUUUUACGACGCAGAAGUUCAUUCCGAAGCCUUCGCCUUCUCCCUCUCCGAUGGGCCAGCAACUUCACUUCGGAUCGGACCCUCGAUACCAGACGCAGACCGGUCAGUUCGCUCAGCAGCGGUUUACACCGGACAAUCGGCAGCAGUAUGUUUCGCAUUACAGCCCGUCUGGCCAGGGACAAUACGCGCCACCGAACAACCCGCAACGGCAGAGUCCCUACGGCACUCCGGUACCGCAUCCAGCGGGCGCCGCGAGACCGUCACAGCAGAUGUGGGCGACGCCGUCGCAUGGUCCCAGACCUCAGCCCACGUCCGGUAACAGUCAGGCCUCAACUUCUCAAAGCCAUAGAAGAUACUCCACUGCACCAACGCCAUCAGUUGCUAUGAAGUACGCCUUCUUCCAGGUGCAUCAUAACAGAGAUUCGAAGACGUACCGAACUCCUUACGCGCCUUGGGUGGGCUUUACCAACGGCUACGAGGGUAACUUGAGAGCACAUCUCAUGAGAACGUCACCCGAAGCCUUUUUCAAAAACAGGCAAGGUUCUGUCCUUGGUGCUUCUUCGGCAUCAAGUCCAACAGCCCACACCCAAGCUCCUGCACAUGGCAGUCCGUACUUCAACACCUUUGCGAAGACGACGCCGCAGGGCUCCAUCGGCAUGUACGGUCAAAGAACGCCGGCUCCUUCGUACCCGUCGCCGGGUCCAAGACCGCCUUCACACGACUCCACGAUGCAAUAUUCUUCGAUGUCUCCGAGCCCUGCGCCUACUGGACAACAGCCUAGUCCCAACGGGUACAAUAGUAGUUGGACCACUCAGCAGAGUCCAUCGACACCUCUGCAUCCUGCGAUUCGGCCACAGUAUGGAGGUUGGGUGAAUGCCCAGCAGCAGCCUCAACCAACCACACAGCCCGCGCCUCAACAUCAACCACCGAAGCAACAGAUCACACAAACACCUGUGGCUCCUCAGCCUGCGGCUGACCAGCCUGCGCCUGCUCAGUCCCAGUCGACUCAAAAGAAAUCGGAGUCUGCGACGAAAUCGUCCGCACCCAAAGUGCAGUACAAGAUUCCCGAAAAGCAGACGCCCGUACCAUUGCCGGCCAAGUAUCUCGCUGCGAUGGGCAAGACGGCUUCAACAGCCACUCCGUCCAAAACAGCCACCCCUUCAAAGGCCAGUACUCAGUCAACUGGGGCAACUUCGCAGGCCAACAAGUCAUCACCGUCUGGCGCGGCGGGCUCAAGCCAAGCUACUCCAGUAACCGUUGCUCAGCCUUCUUCCACCCAGGGCAACCCCCCUUCGGUGGGUCCAACACCUUCAAAACAGGCGCCGACCUUUACCUCGCAGACUGGAGUCUCCGCCCCGCAAACACAUGUGCCGGCUCCGGUGCCAGCUCCGGUCCAGAGGAUGCCAUUCACGAAUCAGUUUUCGGCUCAUCGCCCACCCCAACCCCCUUACCAGCCUUACACGCAGGGCCCUACGGCUCAACAAGUCCAACGGCAACUUCAGCCUCUGGGCCAGGCGCGAGCAGAGCAUCACUCCUUGAACCCAGCCGAAAUCCUAGCACAAAUUGCUACUCAGCCCCGCGUGAAUCCCCCAACGCCCACGAUGCAGCAUCAUCCGAUGCCUUCACCAGCGUCACAUCAGCCGCCCGUGGCCCAGAAUUAUCCUGGGCACCAGGCUCCUCACCCGCAACAUGGAGCGAUGCAUCAGCACCAGCAGUUUCACCACUACGCGCCGCCGCAGGGUCAAUACCAGCCGAUGCAGCCGUAUUAUCCCCAGCCGAGUGCAGCGCAUCCCUACCAACCGCCUCCAUACCAGGGACACCCAGUCUCUCACGCCUCUCACGCCCCAGCGCCGGCCCCAGCUCCAAACCCGGCGGGCGAGGUAGCCCUCCCGGAAGUACCUGCGGACUCGACGGGCAUGGUGGAAAGGAUGAUGCAGAACCUGCGCCGCGUCGCAUUUCACGGCUGA